CAGUCGUUGCCACGUCACCGUAUUUUUUCAAAGUUCUAUUCUGUUCUAUUUCACUGUUCUUCCCUCUUUCUUUAAAAGGGAAUCCCGACUCUGUUUAUGGGUCUUCUGAAUUAGCUGAGGAAUUCAAGAUGGGAGACGAAAGGGGCGGAGAAGCAGUUGACGGUAAUAGCAGCAGCGGGGUCGGUGGCAAUCAGAGACAGGUUGUGGACAUAUACCCACUUGGCUGCUACUACUUUGGAUCCAAAGAGGCCAUUCCUUUCAAGGACGAGACCUUGUCUGAUCGUGUUGAGAGGAUGAAAUCUAACUAUGCUGCCCAUGGUUUGAGGACUUGUGUGGAAGCAGUUAUUUUGGUUGAGUUGUUCAAACACCCCCAUCUUUUGCUGUUGCAAGUAAGAAAUUCCAUUUUUAAGCUUCCUGGUGGUCGUUUGAGACCUGCUGAAUCAGAUAUUGAUGGGCUGAAACGUAAGCUGUCAAGGAAACUUUCUGUCGGUGAAGAAUCAAAUGAAAUUGGUUGGGAGGUUGGAGAAUGUCUUGGGAUGUGGUGGAGGCAUGAUUUUGAAACUUUGCUCUAUCCAUAUUUACCUCCAAAUAUGAAAAGGCCAAAGGAAUGCAUAAAACUAUUCCUUGUGAAGUUACCAAUGAGCAGAAGGUUCAUCGUACCAAAAAACCUAAAAUUGCUUGCUGUGCCUUUAUGCCAAGUUCAUGAAAAUCACAAGACAUAUGGGCCAAUAAUAUCAGGAGUGCCGCAGUUGCUGUCUAAGUUCUCCUUCAACAUAAUUGACACUUAGAUUGUGCUUUAUUCGUUAAUACAUUCCAGUUUGAGGUAUGUAUAUGGAAAACAUUGAGAAUGAUGUAUGCUCCUAAAUGUUAUUGUACUGGGGGUUGGAAUUUUUGCCAAGUCCUAUGGCAUCAGUAUAGACUACGGUUGUGUACAGGUAUGACAUGUUGUAGCAUUGAGCGUGCCAAUAUAAAUUUUGUAUACAUGUUAGCUUCUUGAAUCUCUUGUUCCAGGUGUUUGGAACUCGUCUGAACAAUUCAUGAUGUUUAACUUAGCAUUCUAUUUGUGCUAUAUGAGCAAACAAAUAAAAAAAGGCAGCCACA